ACGAGUUGACCCGAAGCAAAAAAUUGUCUGCUGGAAGCUGAACUUUUGGAAAACUGAUCACUUGGAAAACUUCUGUUGGAAAAGGAUUUGUUGGACAGCUAAACCGGAAGAACAACGAGAGAGAAAACCUAAUUGAAAGAGAGACUGCUGCUGUUUAAAUGGCUUCCCGUGGACCCCCCAUGGAGGAGGACCUGCUGGAGGAGGACUGGAUCAACUUCCAUAACUUCUAUGCAGGUGGAUUCUUCUUGGCUCUGAACCACGGCUACGAGGGUCACUAUCCUGUGAUCCCUGAAGAGAACCGGGUCGCCGACAACCCUCCUCUCCCUCCCGGAGACCAGGUAGAGGUAGAAGAAGAGAUUGAUGUUGUUGGUUUGGAUGAUGGUGCUGUGUUUCAGGUGGCUGAGCCUCACAGAGGAGAAGGAGACGGAGGAGGUGGUUUUCGGGCCUUGUUUGACCAGCUCGCCGCCUGGAGGGGAGAGGAAAACGACGAUGAAGAAAUCCACGUCGUUGGUUUGGGCAGUGACGGAGAUGCCGGUGGGUUCUUCAGGGCUCUGAACCACGGCAUCGAGCGUCUCCAUCUUCCCCUCCCCCCUGAUGACGAGGAGGAGGAGAUAGACUUCGUGGGUUUGGACAACGUGGCCGAGCCUCACAGAGGUGACGGAGAUGCAGGUGCAUUCUUCAGGGCUCUGAACCACCGCAUGGAGCGCCCCCAUCAUCCACUCCCCCCUGAUGACCAGGAGGAGGAGAUCGAUGUUGUUGGUGUGGACGACGAGGGCGGUGAUGGACCUCCUUCUCCUCCAGUUUUGCGGUUCCCAUCACCAAACCUCGGGAUGGACCAGAGACAACAGGAUCCUGUUUAUGUUCCUGUUUCUCCUGCUGCUCCUUAUUCUCCCCACUAUGCUUGUCUCCUUGCUUAUCUUUAUGCUGCUCCUUAUCCUGCUCCUUACGCUUUUCUUCCUGCUGCUCCUUUUAUUGACCCUUAUUCUUUUCCUCCUGCUGCUCCUUACGCUUUUCUUCCUGCUGCUCCUUUUAUUGACCCUUAUUCUUUUAAUCCUGCUGCUCCUCCCACCAAUCCUCCUGCUUUUUUAAACGCUGACCCUCAUGGUGUUCCUGAGCAGGUGUCUGGUGAUGCUGAGACCAUGGGGCCACUCUCCUCGGAGCAGUCCUCUGGGUUCUACGGGAGUGGCAGCUCUCUGGAGGAAGCCCCCGCAUCUCCCUCGACUUCCAGCUCCUCCACCAGGAGAAGAAGGGACGAGAGCGACGAGGAGCAGGCUGCAGCUAAGAGGCCGAGGUGGUCCGAUGAGAGCGACUCAGACUGACUCCACGGUAUCACACCAGAGCUUCUGGAGGGAUGGCUGCAGUGACUCCUUUUUACCUCUGGUGACUGGCUUCUGUGUCUGGCGGGACCAGUGAUUCCAGGGACAGCCUGUAUGUGCCAUGUAAAAAAGUGUGAUUUAGAAUAGGCUCUAAUACAAACAGUAUGUGUUAUUGUGUAAAUCUGUUUGUCCAUCAAGUAUUACUUAUUCAGUCAUUCAAAGAUUACUUGUUUUACUAACCAUAUUUAU